AUGGCAGCCCCUGAUUUGUAUAAAAGGUCGCCUCACCGCGAUGCCAAUUCAAGGCUCCGUUUCAUUUCGGUUGGCUUCUACUACGAGCGCGCGUCAAAAACGAUGAGUGUCAAGGUGUUGGCGACACUGGCCUCGGUGGGCAGUGCUGUAGUGUUAGUGAGUGCUGUGGUCAGCCUCGGCUAUCUCUACAAUGAUAUCAAUUCAUUCUACUAUGAGGCCGUCUCAGAUAUGUCCGAAUUCCAGCUAUACGCCAAUGACGCCUGGUCAAAUAUGAUCACGAGCAUGGGCCAGGCGAGCAGCAGCCAAUCGCAACUCAACACAAUCUUUGGCCGCCACAAACGAUCCGCCGAUAAGUGCCAAUGUGGACCCCAGGCGAAGAGCUGUCCAGCUGGCCCACCCGGACCCCCUGGACAACCCGGACAACCAGGAGAUGAUGGAGAGAAGGGAAAACCCGGAAAUACUGGCAUCAAAGGAUCUGCUAUUACUCAAGAGGAUACACCCACUGGAUGUAUCAAAUGUCCACAAGGACCACCUGGACCAAAGGGACCCGAUGGAGCUGCUGGAGAUGCUGGAAAGAAUGGAGAGAAGGGCAAGGAUGGAGAGCCUGGAAAGGCUGGAGAAAACGGCACGAAAGGAAAGGGCGCCCCAGGACCCCUCGGACCAAUGGGACCCAUCGGACCACAAGGAAAUCAAGGAGCCGUCGGAACCCCUGGACAGCCUGGAAAGGACGGACAGCCCGGUGCUGCUGGACAAGCCGGAAAGGACGGAGAUAAGGGAAAAGAUGGAGAAGCUGGAGGGAAGGUGAGAAGAAACAUCUGUAGAAGCGGACUCGACUCAUCGCCAAUAAACAGCACGCAAGAGCUGUCCGUGGAAUCCGAGAAUGACCGCGGGAUCAAGCGGCCCAAGCAGAGUUUC